UAUGCACAACAGAUGUGCUCACAAUUCAACAUUUGCAAAUCACGUUUCCUCCCUGCCCCUCUUAUGUGUGUGCACCUAGUACAGUACAGCUAUCGCUUCCUCACUGUGCAAGUGGAACAGCACACAUACUGGGUCAUUCCUUAUUUAUCUUCUCUGAGCAUGUUUUUUUGAUUUGUAACAAACGAGGCCACGUCAACAUCGACCAUAAAACUCCACCACCCAUUUCAUGUAUUCUAGUAUGUUUUAGUUGGACAGGUUGAAAGUAAAGCUGCUUUAAAUGUUUUUGUAAAGUUAGUAAUUCUGUGUGUAAAAACUACUUAACAGUGCUACAAGAUGAAUGCAAUGCAGCUCACAAAGCCCAGAACACAUACAUUUUACAACGUGUUGUCUGUGCUGCUUAUAAAAAUAGGGGAAAUGGGGGGAAAGGGGAGCUGUCCUCCAACAAAUACACUAUUCCAUGAAGUUGUGAAGGUUGAAAACUUCAAAUCAUGUAAAAAUAUCUGUUAAAUCCCGGAAAUUUAACAUUUAACUUUAAGAUUUCAUUGACCAUUUAGAUUUAACAAUUAUACUUAACUUGAUAUGUAACACUUAACACUUGGAUUUCACAUUUAGAUCGGGUUUAUCUCAAGUCUUUUUAGAUUUAACAUUACACUUUUAAGGUUAUAACAGUUCUAACAUGCUUUUAGAUUCAUCUCUGUCUCAGAUGUAAAGAAAAAAUGAGGCAAAUGUGAGCAAAUUGAGCUAAAUAUCGACAAAUUACUGAGUUACAAACUCGUGAGGGAGGCCACAGGGAUGUAACUGUGGGUGUAUUCACAGAUGACAGUCGUGAGCGCCGCUCCUACCAGCAGAAUGGCCGCUGGGGGUCUCCCUCCGGAGAGAGGCUCUCCCAGAACACACUUCCAUGCCGCCUGCGUGAUGUUGCAUCUAUAAGAGUUUUUACGGCACACACACACCGGACUGACCAUGCUCCGCUCGUCGGCCACCCAUCAGCUUCAGUCACAGCCUUGACUUCGGGCGUUGGGGCGCGUCGUGACGCGCUCUGUCACCGGCUACACUAGAGUCCAGCGCGCCCGGCGUUUACGCUUCACUUUCGAUGCGUAAGAGUUUGAGCUUUGCAGCAGCAGCAGCAGCAGCAGCCGCGGAGGAGCCAUCCGAGCGGGAUCUUUUGCACUAUGACUUCGGAUCCAGAAAAGAACCGGCAGCGUGUGAGACAGUUUGUGGACAAACCCGGGAAUGGAAACUGUGCCGACUGCGGAGCCGCAGAUCCUGAAUGGGCGUCCUACACCCUGGGAGUGUUUGUGUGUCUCAGCUGCUCGGGCCUCCAUCGAAACAUCGCUCAGAUCAGCAAGGUGAAAUCCAUCGUGCUGGAUCCCUGGAGCUCCUCUGAGGUGGAGUUUAUGGACUCUGCAGGUAACAACGCCGCCAAGGCCAAAUACGAGCAGAUAGUUCCUGCCUUCUACUACAAGCCCACACACAGAGACUGCAUGCUCCUGCGGGAACAAUGGAUCCGAGCCAAGUACGAGAGGAAGGAGUUCAUGUGUGUGGAGAAGCAGGAGCCCUACUCGGCAGGCUACAGAGAGGGCUUCCUGUGGAAACGAGGCCGAGACAACGGGCAGUACCUCAGCCGCAAAUUCAUCCUGUCCGAACGGGAAGGCGUUUUGAAGUACUUCAACAAGCAUGACGCCAGAGAGCCCAAAGCGAUACUGAAGAUCAAUACGGUGAACGCCACGUUCCAGCCCACGAAGAUCGGCACCGCCAACGGCCUGCAGAUAACCUAUUUGAAGGACAACAGCACGAGGAACAUCUUUGUUUACCACGAGGAUGGAAAGGAAAUGGUGGACUGGUUCAACGCCAUCAGAGCAGCCAGGUUUCACUACCUGCAGGUGGCUUUUCCUGGAGCUUCCAUUGCUGAUUUGUUGCCAAAGCUAACAAGAAACUACAUCAAGGAAGGUUACAUGGAGAAGACCGGUCCCAAGCACACAGAGGGCUUCAAGAAGAGAUGGUUCACGAUGGAUGACAGGAGGCUCAUGUACUUCAAAGAUCCACUGGAUGCCUAUGCCCGAGGCGAGGUGUUCAUUGGCAGUAAGGAAAACAGCUACUCUGUGCUCCCCGGCCUCCCCGCGAACAUUCAGGGCUACCACUGGCAGUUUGGAAUCACCAUAGUGACCCCAGACAGGAAGUUUCUGUUCGCAUGCGAGACCAAACGGGAUCAACAAGACUGGAUGGCUGCAUUACAGAGCGUCAUCGACAGACCGAUGCUGCCUCAGGAGUACGCGGUGGAGGCCUAUUUCAAGCGCAAACCAUGACGUCCCAGAGCUGGAAGAAUCGUCGGUGCAGGAUGAGAAGCAGGGAGCUGGAGGAAGAGGAGCAGAGAUGUACUUGAGAUCUCAUGAUGGGAGCCUUUGUAAAAAAAAACUUAAGGUUACAGAAAAAAAAGAGGACCUAGAACUGAGACGGCUUCGACCACAGCUGCAGACUCCCUUCACUCCACCCGUCGUCCUGUGCAGCCCCACCUGUUAUGUGCCAGACCCAUUUCAUAGGGAGUCCGAAUCACGCCUCAGCUCAUGAAUGUUAGCCUAACUCACUCAUAACUCGUGUUAUGCAACUUACUUACAUACUUGAAAAGAGGUCAGUCAUCGUGACCUGAAUGUGUAGAGGUUAUGCACGUGACUUUGCUCAGUAGGAAAUCAGAAUUGUGCUGCUCAGAUGUCAAAACGUGUGUGGUUUUCUGUUCUCAGUAAUCUAAUAUUAGAAAUAUACUCAUAGUUCAGUGACAGAUGUUUAAUGUGGAGCAAUUUUCCUGCCAAAACUUGAACGAAAUGUGUUAAAAAUGCCCUAAAAAUACACACAGUGUGGUUUUGCAAAUACAGAACAUACCCAUCACGGACAAGUGCGGCAUGUUUCACAAGUACAAGAAAAAUAGUACGCAACUUCCCACCAUGCUUCCGUGCUCAGGAUUUUCGCAUUGAGUGAUCUGCCCUCCACAGCAGCAGUCAGCGCUAUGAGUACAUUUAAACUUUAUCAUAAAGGAGCGUGCUGAAGUUUGAAGAGACGGGUCACCUGGUGAAGGUGGAGAAGGAAACAUUCAAACUAAAUAGACUUUACUUUAUGAAUGUACACAGAAGAAAUGGGAACAAGAAAAUACACGACAGGAUAAGGGAAAGAAAUGAGUCUCAGGAACACAACUGAACACAAAUACAGACACAAUCUCUGUGGCAGUCGUUGGUCGCUACCUUGUGACUAACAUGCAGGGAAGUCAUCUGUUUUCCAAGUGGUAUUACUGUCGGCAUCGCUGUUUCGAGACAACUAUCAUUUUCUGUUAAUUUCAGUCACAAAUAACAACAAGACAAAAAAAAAGUGAGUUUUAGUCUUUAAUAGAAAUGAUCCCCAGUAAAUCUUCACUUGCCCUGAAGAAAUUGUGUAUAGACAGAGAGGUUUAUAGGAAACCAAUCUAAACGCAGAUGGUUUCAUAGUUCUAUACCUGUUACACGGUGUCAUAAACAUUUACUUCAUAUCGAUACAAAGGACUGUUCGACUGCCAGGUUAAAUCGACGUACAGCACCACCUGCUGUUGUGGAGGGUGAAUCAUUUGGGAAAUUAUUGAGAACGUUUUGGCAGAAAUCUUGUGCCAAAAGUUUCGCGAUGUAACGGUCACUGUCUAUGUGGGAUGUUUGUUUUGUAUUUGUUCGUUAAUGAUGAUUUAUUAGCAAAAUGUGGUGUGUUUGUUUGACAGGUACAUUUUGUAUUUGCAAAACCAAAUGCUUGAGUUUGUUGCUUAACCUUGCUUAAGAUUCUGAAUCUUGUUGGUAAAUUGCAGGGCAUUUAAAAAAAAAACACACAUUUUGUUUGUCUGUGAUGGCAAGAAAUUAACUCCGUCGUUCAAUAUGGCUGAAUUAAUCAUGCAUUUCAUCUUAAGUGCGGACUCAUAGAUCCAUAGGCUAAUUUCCACAUUAGUACAAUAUUUAAUUCUCAACAUAUUUAUUUCUUUUAACCGUCUAAUUUGCUGUAUGCAGCUUGUACUGUUGAGGUGCAGGGCAUCGCAGACAUAAUAAGCUAUAUUGCUUUCUUUUGUACAUAUUCAAGCAGCUGAACGUUAAACUGCUUCGUGAAGUUUUAUCAUCACUGGUAAUUAUUGGCUUGCAUCCGUUCAUCUCUCGUUCAGUGUCUCUCCUAAUGUGCUCUAACUAUUUAUCCAGCAGAGGGAGACAAAGGAAAGGGUUUAAAACUCAGUAUGACACCCUUCACCACACACUCUCAAACUCUGGGGGCUCAUUAACCUCAUCAGACUCCUGCCUGCAGAUGUGCACAUUACACUAUUUGUGUGAGUGCCGACAGCAGAGGCAGGGAGAUGUUUCUGAGCGGUACUGUAAUGGGACAGUGAUUCCUUUUGUUCAAACUGAAAGAGCCGGGGUCAAGCGGACUGUGUGAGCAUGCAUCUGCAGCCCUGAACUAAACAUUAAAUCAUCACGUUGUCUUGUAACUCACUGUGGGAGUAAUCUGAAAUAUGCUCACUAUUAAAAGAGUAAAAGCCAAAAAAA